GCACCAACUUCCAAGAAUGGUAAAUUAGCUUGCUGUUUCACUGAUGUCCAAAACUCUACCGUUUUGUGGCAAUCCAAUGAAAAGGCAAUGAGAGAAGCUUUAGUCAUUCACAAUCAAAUAAUGAGACGAAACUUGGAAUUAUGCAAUGGAUUUGAAGUCAAGACCAAUGGUGAUAGUUUCUUUGUAGUUUUCAAAGAUCCAGUCGAUGCACUUGAUUGGUGUGUCUCUGUCCAACAUGAUUUACUACAUGCCAAAUGGCCAGCUGAUUUAUAUAGUAUGUGGGAUUGUAGACCUGAAUGGGAUGAAGAAAGUAGACGAAUGAUGUGGUCAGGGGUGAGAGUUAGAAUGGGAUUACACUAUGCACAGGCUGAUUAUGUCUUUGAUAAGGUCAUGAAGAGACCUGAUUAUUUUGGAACUUGUGUGAAUACUUCUGCCAGAGUGGAGGCAAUGGCCCAUGGUGGACAGAUUUUAGUGACUGAGGAAUUCUUUUUG